AUGGCUGCAGCUUUUCGCCCAGUCAACACACCGCUCCUGGCAGCGGACUCCAUCAAGGACGAAAUACCCCCUUCUUCCACGACUUUGAUGGCGACAACGACGACAACAACAACGAUGACGACACCGAGACCGAGCACAGCGCCUUCGCAGGCUUCACGGCCUGUUGACGAAGCCACGACACCAACACGAGCAAACUUUGGAACAGGCGUAUUGGCAUCUCAGAAACCACUUCCGACAUCACCAUUUCCCGAGUCGGUACAAGUCCCCGAACCCACGACGGAAUCCACACCCAAGCGAGAAAAUUCGCAGCACUCGAGGAAGUCUAGGGACUCGGACGACAUGGACAUGGAUGACUCAGAUGGAGAACACGGUGAGGAAGUUGGAUCAGACGACGACAGCGAGAACGCCGACGGAACAAAGUCGAAGAAGAAAAAGUCGCAGCGAUUCUAUUGCACGGAUUAUCCACCGUGCAAUCUGAGCUUUACCAGGAGCGAGCAUUUGGCCCGCCAUAUCAGAAAACACACUGGAGAACGCCCCUUCCAAUGCCACUGCUCCAGACGAUUCUCUCGACUCGAUAACUUGAGACAACAUGCACAAACAGUGCAUGUGAACGAAGAUAUUCCGAUUGACUCGCUAGCAGCGACAGGAACAAGAUUUCAGAGACAGAUCAGGACCGACAGGGUGCGGCCAACGACUGGCAGGGCAAGAGCGGCGACAGCUGGCAGUGUUGGACCUGGGGGUCGAGGACACUCGAAGUCUCUGUCAACAUCUAGCAUCACAAGCAUGGCUUCGAUAGCCUCGGCCUAUGGUGGUGGUGAGGCACGCCGACGUCCGCCUCCUCUGGUCAUGGCCGACCCCCGAUCCCGACUUUCUCUCGAGUCAUAUCGCGGACCGGAUGGUCAAUACUAUAGGGCCGCCUCACCGGACAUGAGCACUCCCACAUCAGCCACGUUUUCGACAGGCCAAAAUAGCCCUCGAUGGGGUCCGGUGGCCUCUCCUGGUUCAUCACACUCACGCUCGCAUAGCAUGUAUGCUGCCGCCGGGUCCCGCACCCCAGGCCGCCGACUAAGCGUUCCGUCUGGAGGCAACCCGUUCCAAUCGCCUCAUGCCCCCAGUCUCCGCGGCCCGCUGUUUGGCCCUUCGCUCAACGCGUCCAACAGCGGUGCCUUUUCUCCUGGCCAAAAUAGUCUUCUCUCAUCGCCCACAACGUCCACUUCAAACUGGACAAGGCGGGAUUCAGUGUCGACGGCCGAUGAGGCCUGGCGACGACGAACGUGGCACCCCGAUACCGCGGGCUUCAGCGGGGCAAGCAGACUGAGCCAGGUCAUCACUCCAUCUCAGUUCCCGCCCGACAGCAUUAAGCUUCCACCCGCCAAUACCGGAAACCAACCACCUCAAACACUGCGGCUGCCCGGUAUCGAGUCUUUUGAUCCUAUCCCGAGGAGACCGCCCACACCUCCCCGCCGCAACCCGUCCCCGAUGAUGAUCGACUCGGAGGCAUCACGGCCCCCAGCUUUGUUACCGGCCGGUGACCUCGGUUCGGAUGACCGAAGGCCUAGCUCGCAGUGGGAUAUGGGCUUGCAUCGGGGCAUAACAAGACUUGACAUCAACACGCCACCCCGGGAUAGCGCGGGAGCAUGGGCCAACGAGGCCACUCAAGCCCUGAUGGCUCGCGCUGAGCAAGCUCAUGCCGCACCCAUGCAACCUACCGUCCGGUUCGAACAAGAUCUGAGGCCUCCUCAGGGCCCGCCGCCCAUCAAUGUGGCCCCUCCUGUCGGCUCUAGGCAUCACUACACAAUGUCGGCUCCAUCCAUCACCACACCUCGUGAGUCGCGAAGACAUGGAUGGUAUCACGGUCCAGUGCCUACCCACCCUGUUGAGGAGACCAUCCAUGAAGGCCGCCCACAUGUUGAUCGGAUUGUUCACCCCAACGUUCGUGGUUUCCAGGGAUUUCCUGCCAGGGAACAACAGCUUGGCAUUCACCAACAACAGCCAUCCGGCCCCAGCAUGGAGCGGAUCCUGGAGCGGCCAAUGUCCCGGGGCGACAACCCCGAGUCUCUGCGGCGGUUGCAGGCUCUUGUGGCCGUCGCCACAAGCGAAGGCUCGACGGCAACGGCAUACUGA